CCAUCAUCAUUAUCAUCAUCUCCAAAUUCAAUCUAGAUUUUCUCAGUUGAUCAAAAAUGGCACCAAAAGGAGAAAAGAAGCCAGCAGAGAAGAAACCCGCAGCCGAAAAACCCAUCGAGGAGAAGAAAACCGCCGCCGAGAAAGCUCCGGCAGAGAAGAAACCAAAGGCCGGUAAGAAACUACCAAAGGAAGGAGGAGCAGCAGCUGCCGGAGAUAAGAAAAAGAAGAGAAAUAAGAAGAGUAUUGAAACUUACAAGAUCUAUAUCUUUAAGGUUUUAAAACAAGUUCAUCCUGAUGUUGGAAUCUCAAGUAAGGCUAUGGGAAUCAUGAACAGUUUCAUUAAUGAUAUCUUCGAGAAGAUUGCUCAGGAAAGUUCUAAACUUGCUCGGUAUAAUAAGAAACCCACGAUUACUUCUCGGGAGAUUCAGACUGCUGUUAGACUUGUUCUUCCUGGUGAAUUGGCUAAACAUGCUGUUUCUGAAGGUACUAAGGCUGUUACUAAGUUUACUAGUUCUUAGAUUUGAUUAUGGGUUUUGUUGGGUUUGUUCUAGUUUUAUGUAGUUGAUGUUUUAAUUAUCUUAUUGUAUAUUUUGGCUUUUAAUUAACAUGUUUUAGAUCUAUGUUGCUGAAUUGAUUAGGUUAUGUGAUGUAAUGUAAUGCUUUUUACUAUAUAGUAAUCAAGUUCUUUUCA